AUGAUCUUCGAAUCCACUUUCGGAUUCCACCGCCACAUUGUCCAGGCUGCGAAAUACUUGCACAGGAAAUGUGUCCAGCAAAAGUGGCUAGAACCGGCUGAGGAUGAGUUCGGCAUCAUCGAAGGUAGCGCUGAAAGCCUCGGAAUCCUUCUUCGGCGGCCCGAUGGUAGCUACACCGCUGAACCCAUGUUCGUCAGCCCGCAAGUUGUCAGGGCAGCCGAAGUACUUGGUAUCACAGUAGCCUUCACCAUGUCAUCUGACAUCGUUGGCCAAAUUCUCCACCAGACUCCGCCUCUUCAAACCGAAAUUUCCCUCGAUUCGCGCAGAGCAGCAGUCUUGCCAAUCAUAGAUUCCGUCAAAGAUAUCGGUUCAGGGAGGGUAGCAGUCAAUAGAGACUCCUGCAUGUGUCUCUGUCGCAAUGAGCGUCUCCUCCUUCUUUGGAGUAGCUCCGUGCACGGAAUUGUCACCCACGGUACAGACAUCGAGGCCCGUUUGUUCGGCUUGGUAUGGGAAGCUCAGAUGCCUGCACCUCUGAUGCCUGCCGCUCCUCGUGAAAUCGCCGCAAGUAGAGGAAGUUCCGUCUACCCUGAUGAGCCGCAACCGCCAUAUUUCCCUACAGCGGCAAUCGUGGACUCGGGUGCCAGUACACCACGUCUUCUCGAUGAGAAGAGAAGGGUCAUUGACACUGCUCUCGAGCGCGAGGAUCAAGGAGACAAGUUUUUUGACCCUGAACGGGAUGGGCUGGAGGUGCCCAAAAGACCGUUCCUCCUCACUCACGCAGUGAUCGUUGGCCUAGCCAUGAUCCUUGUCGUGGUCGUCGAGAUGGCCUGCGUUGCAAAACUUUUGUCCGAAGUUCGAUACGACGGAAACUACAUGCGCUUUGCACUGCUUGCGACGGUCCCGCUCUUUGCGAGCUUCUCACUGUUCUUCAUGAUCGUCAUCACUGGAUCGAUCUUCCAGCUCUUCGGCCCCUUGUCUGGCGUUCAAGGAAAUAGCAUGUUUUAUUCCGCCAAAGCACCGAAGCUUGGAAGACAUGCCGACUACGAGUUGCCCCAUGUAACAAUCCAAAUGCCUGUCUACAAGGAGGGACUAAAAGGUGUCAUUAUUCCGACCGUCGAAUCUUUAUUGAAAGCAGUCAAGCACUACGAAGACCAUGGUGGCACAGCAUCUAUCUAUGUCAACGAUGAUGGCAUGCGACUUGUCAAGGAAGACCUGCAAGAGGCUCGCAAAGCCUUUUACGAACUCAACGACAUCGGCUGGUGCGCCCGGCCGAAGCAAAACGACAACCCUGAUACAUCCAAAGGCGAAAUCCAUUUCGUUCGUAAAGGCCAGUUCAAGAAGGCCUCUAAUAUGAACUACUGUCUGGACUUCUCGUUACGCGUUGAGGACGAGCUCCAACAGAUGGUGGAUGCGAUGUGCGCGGAGCGAUGCUGCACUCAGGAAGAUUUGUCCAUCGAAGAAGAGACCGAUCUGUACGAGAGGGCUCACAACGCUAUCGUCGAAAAGGAUCAAGGCCGCACAUGGGCGGGUGGGAACGUGCGUCUCGGAGAGAUCAUUCUUAUCAUCGACUCUGACACCCGCGUUCCUGAAGACUGUUUGCUCUAUGGAGCACUUGAGAUGCACGAAUCCCCUGAAGUUGCGCUCCUGCAACAUGCUUCCGGUAUCCUCCAGGUCGUCAACAAUGUCUUUGAAAACGGCAUCACGUACUUCACGAACCUCAUCUACACGAGCAUCCAAUUCGCCGUUGGGAACGGCGACUGCGCUCCUUUCGUUGGACAUAACACCUUCAUCCGCUGGAAAGCCAUUCAAAGCAUCUCUUGGUUCGAUGAGGAGGACCAGAUGACCAAGUUCUGGUCUGACAGCCACGUCUCUGAAGACUUCGACGUUUCGCUGCGCUUGCAGAUGAACAAUUUCCUCGUCCGCCUGGCCACGUACCACUCCGGGGGCUUCAAAGAGGGCGUCUCGCUCACCGUUUACGAUGAGCUGGCGCGGUGGGAAAAGUACGCUUACGGCUGCAACGAGCUCGUCUUCCACCCACUCAUCCGCUGGCCUACCCACGGGCCCCUCACGCCACUCUUCCGGCGCUUCCUCUGCUCCAACAUCAAGAUCACGUCCAAGGUGACCAUCCUCGCCUACAUUGGCACAUACUACGCCAUCGCGUCCGCGAUCCCGCUCACGCUGGCCAACUACCUGCUCGUGGGCUGGAGCGGCGCCGACGUCGACCAGUUCUACCUGACGUCGUGGGAGAUCUUUGUCGGCAUGGCCUUCGUCUUCAACGUCCUCAGCCCGCUCGGCUACGCCAUGCUGCGGCACCGCCUGGGCCAGGCCACCUUCUUCGCCGCGCUGCUCGAGACGGCCAAGUGGACACCCAUGUUCCUGCUCUUCUUCGGCGGCAUCUCGUACCACCUCGCCAAAGCCAUCCUGUGCCACUUCCUGGGCAUCCGCAUGGAGUGGACCACGACGGCCAAGGAGCUGACCGACAGCGGCUUCCGUGCCGGUCUGGACAGGAUUGUGCGUGACUUCAAGUACAUGUAUGCAUUUUGCGUCGUCGUGGCUGGGGGAAUGGUGUAUUUGGCUUGCUAUGCGCCGCGCGGCUGGCGCAUUGAAGACUUUGCGGCCAUUGUGCCGGUUGCGAACCAGAUUGGGUGCCAUGCACUGCUGCCUACCUAUGCCCAGGUCCACGACGUCCCGCACUUCGUCUUCAUCUGGUUUGUUAUCGACGCUCCAGUACUCAUGCAUACGUUCCCUCCAGUAGCCUUUGAUGAAAUCGAAGAUUGGGACUCCAUGUUCAUCGAACUUAGUAACGAAUUCACCUACAAGCACCUCCAAUUCCUCAAUCAACUCCCUUUCCUCUGUUCGAAUCUCUAG